AUGGGGCAGCAGGGGUGGCUAAAGGCAGUCUGCACCAAUCUGCACUCCCCCGGCCCACCGCGAGGACAAGGGGGAUCAAAGGGGGAGGAAUGGGGAGAGAGUAGAGGGAAUGGUGUGCAGGCGACAGGGAAGGGGAUGGCGGGAAGCAGGGAACGGGAUGGGGGGAAGCAGGGAAGGGGAUGGGGGGAAGCAAUGAAGGGGAUGGGGGGAAGCAGGGAAGGGGAUGGGGGGAAGCAGGGAAGGGGAUGGGGGGAAGCAGGGAAGGGGAUGGGGCUAGGGGGAAGCAGUGAAGGGGAUGGGGGGAAGCAAGGAAGGGGAUGGGGCGAAGCAGGGAAGGGGAUGGGGGGAAGCAGGGACGGGGAUGGGGGGAAGCAGGGAAGGGGAUGGGGGGGAAGCAGGGAAGGGGAUAAGGGGAAGCAGAGAAUUGGAUGGGGGGGAAGCACGGAAGGGGAUGGGGCGAAACAGGGAAGGGGAUGGGGGGAAGCAGGGAAGGGGAUGGGGGGAAGCAGGGAAGGGGAUGGAGGGAAGCAGAGAAGGGGAUAG